AUGUCUCUCAAGCGAAAGGCGUCCUUCACCACCAUCACCUCCCCCGGGAGCUACUCAACCUACUACAAUCCCACCUCUACAAUCCCCUUCCUGGGUACCGUCACUAUCGACGAGCAACCACGACACCUGCACAGCAGAACGCGAAAGCGAUUCCGCAACGACCGGCCAAACGACCAGUUGAUAUACGAUAAAACCAUCAAAUGGCUCUUUUCUGCUCAGAAAAAAUUGCAGAAUUCCAUAUCCUCCCCAGUCGCAGCGGAGGACACUUGUGACAGUUCCGAAGAACCAUCACCCACGUUCACAAUGCCAGAUCCAAACCAGCAAACGCUGCAGAAGUUCUUCCAGCCACUUCGUGUCUCCCAGGUUCAACAAAGCCAUCAGCGAGGGAGUUCGGUGCCCCUUGUACAGCCAUGUCCAAUUGAUAUAUCAAGGACCCAAACGCAGCAAUGGGCUGCCAGUACUGCCAUUACUGUUUCUACAGAGGUGGAUCCGCCACCUGCUCUCUCCCACUCGGUAUACUCUGGUAUCAUGUCUUCUGAAGGCAUGGAUGUGGACGUGGCUAUGGACGUCGAUUGUGCUGUUAUCGAGGAUUUCAGCUCAGUACCGCUAGACAUGGAGAAGAGAUGGGUUGGCGGCAUUGGGUGGAUGUAG